AGCGAGACGUUUACCAUUCACACCAGGGAAAGAAACCACAAGGAGUUCUUGCUUCAACAGUGUUUGAACGGAACUUCUUCCUUUGUCCCGCGUACUACUUCUUCUACUCUGCAUUCCGGACACGACAAACCUUUAUUACUUGAACACUACCGAGAAAGUCUCCGUUAAGCUAUUUUUUUGUACCGUUUUGCGAAGAAAACAAGAGAAGAAACCCGCAAGAAACGCCAGCUACAAUGGAGUCUCAGGUCCGUCAGAACUACCACCGCGACUGCGAGGCCGCCGUGAACCGGAUGGUCAACAUGGAGCUGUUCGCCUCUUACACCUACACUUCCAUGGCCUUUUACUUCUCCCGUGACGAUGUGGCCCUCGAAGGCUUCGCCCAUUUCUUCAAGGAGAACAGCGACGAGGAGAGGGAGCACGCCCAGAAGCUGCUGGCCUUCCAGAACAACAGGGGAGGACGCAUCUUCCUCCAGGACCUGAAGAAACCAGACCGUGAUGAGUGGGGCAGCGGGCUGGAGGCCAUGCAGUGUGCCCUGCAGCUGGAGAAGAACGUCAACCAGGCCCUGCUGGACCUGCACAAACUGGCUUCUGACAACGUAGACCCUCAUAUGUGCGACUUCCUGGAGACCCACUACCUGAACGAGCAGGUGGAGGCCAUCAAGAAGCUGGGCGACUACAUCUCCAACCUCUCCCGCAUGGACGCCAACAAAAACAAGAUGGCGGAGUACCUGUUCGACAAGCACACCCUGGGGGCAAAGAGCUAAAUAUGCAAAGUCUCAGGGUUGAGCCUGGAGGGAAGAUGUGGCACACAGGCUUUAAACGCACCCUUCUGCUCCAGUGAGCGUGAAUUUAAAUCUAAUCUGCUUGACCUGUGGAGUUGAUGAGUUCUGGUGGUGUCGCUGGGUUUUUUUAAAUGUCAUUUAAGGAUAGAUAUUUAUAAGGUGAUGACUUUGCCCUCAUUACCUAUAAAUCUCCUCUUGUGUGACAUUUGAAUGACUGUUUCUGAUCUGUUCUUAAUCUGAAUAAACAUGUUGAGCUGGA